AUGGCCGGUGGAAAGGGCAAGUCCUCAGGCGGCAAGAGCUCGGGCGGUAAGACUUCUGGAGCCGAAGGCCCCAAGAAGCAGCAGAGCCACUCUCAACGCGCUGGUCUACAGUUCCCUUGCGGGCGCGUCAAGCGUUUCCUCAAGCAAAACACACAAAACAAGAUGCGCGUCGGCGCCAAGGCUGCUGUGUACGUUACUGCCGUACUCGAGUACCUGACCGCCGAGGUGCUCGAACUUGCCGGGAACGCCGCGAAGGAUCUCAAGGUCAAGCGCAUCACGCCCCGCCAUCUCCAGCUCGCCAUCCGCGGUGACGAAGAACUUGAUACCCUGAUUCGCGCCACCAUCGCCUUUGGAGGUGUCCUCCCCCACAUCAACCGCGCGCUUCUCCUCAAGGUCGAACAGAAGAAGAAGGCCAAGGCUGCUGAGGCAUAA